UUAAUUGAACAAAUGCUCGAGUGCCUGCUGUGUACUGAGCGAGCGCUGGGCUGUGCCUGGGAAGUCCCCGCCCUUCGGACAAACUGCACAGCACACCGUUACCUAGUUACUGCUGCUCGAAGGAAACGCGGGGUGCCGGUCGGGGAAGGGGAGGCGAUGCUUGAGUUGAGCUCCAGGAAUGAUUAAGGAUGAGCUUGGAGAAGGGGGUGCUGGUGUUUCGAGCAGAGGCAAUAGUGUGGACAAGGCCAUCGAGGGGCUGAAAGGCCAGCGUGGCUGGAGGGCAAGGGGAAAGCAGGUGUGGCCGUGAAGUGUGCAGGGACCAGAGUGGACAGGCCUUGUAGGCUGCGGGGAGUUGGGUACACAGGGCAGAGAAAGAUGAGGUUGGGCCUGAUUGGGGACGGCCUGCUGGCCAUGCUGAGGAGUGUAGAUGUUAUCCUCUUGGCUCUAGCAAGCAUAGGGGGUUUGAAGCAUGGCAGGGAUAUGAUUAGCACUGUGUUCUAGAAAGAUGCCCCUGGCUGUCGUGUGAGGGUGAGGCCCAACUGAGUUUGGAGGUAAGUUUGGAGAGGAAGUGGCUGCAGUGACUAAAGUGAGAAACACAGGGAAACAGUCGUGUGGAGCUUGUGGCAGCCACUGAAAUUCAGCAAAGAGCCUGGCAGACAAAAGGACUUUGAUAAAAAGCUUGAACUUUGCUGAGAAGAUGGAGCCCGUGUAGGAGGCCGCAGGGUCUGGACCAGACUUUCUACUGCCGUGACCACUGAGUGACCUUAAACCAGUCCCUUCCUCUCUCUAGCUUCUUUUCCUCAUGCAUCGUAAAGAAGAGGAGUCUGGUUCCUUAAGAUGGCCUGAUAUGAAGGCGUCACGCCUCCUGCGUCCCCAAGCCUCCAGAGCUGCCCUGUGGCUGCCUUGUCCUUCAAGUGCAAGAGCCAGUCGAAAUGUCGGGAAUGGAAGCCAAUGUGACCAUCCCGAUCUGGCAAAACAAGCCGCAUGGGGCUGCUCGAAGUGUAGUAAGAAGAAUCGGGACCAACCUGCCCCUGAAGCCAUGUCCCCGGGCAUCCUUUGAGACCCUGCCCAACAUCUCUGACCUCUGUCUGAGGGAUGUGCCCCCAGUCCCUACUCUGGCUGACAUCGCCUGGAUUGCUGCAGAUGAAGAGGAGACUUAUGCCCGGGUCAGGAGCGAUACACGCCCCCUGAGGCACACCUGGAAGCCCAGCCCUCUGAUCGUCAUUCAGCGCAAUGCCUCAGUGCCCAACCUCCGUGGGUCGGAGGAGAGGCUCCUGGCCUUGAAGAAGCCAGCCCUGCCGGCCCUCAGCCGCACCACAGAGCUGCAGGAGGAGCUGAGCCACCUGCGCAGCCAGAUUGCUAAAAUAGUGGCAGCUGAUGCAGCUUCGGCUUCAUUAACGCCAGAUUUCUUAUCUCCAGGAAGUUCAAAUGUCUCUUCUCCCUUACCUUGUUUUGGAUCCUCAUUCCACUCUACAACUUCCUUUGUCAUUAGUGACAUCACCGAGGAGACCGAGGUAGAGGUCCCUGAGCUUCCAUCAGUCCCCCUGCUUUGUUCUGCCAGCCCUGAAUGUUGCAAACCAGAACACAAGGCUACCUGCAGCUCGUCUGAAGAAGAUGACUGCGUCUCUCUGUCCAAGGCCAGCAGCUUUGCAGAUAUGAUGGGUAUCCUAAAGGACUUUCACCGGGUGAAGCAGAGCCAAGAUCUGAACCGGAGUUUAUUGAAGGAGGAAGACCCAGCCGUCCUUAUCUCUGAGGUCCUAAGGAGGAAGUUUGCGCUGAAGGAAGAAGAUAUCAGUAGAAAAGGAAACUGAUAGCACUCAGCUCUGCAAACUCAGUCUCAUGCUCCUGGAAUUCCUUCAACAGCUGCCUUCCUCACUGCAGAUGUUUCUGCCUCUCAAUUAGAAAUCUUCUGCAACAGUCUUGCCGAAAGCUAGAGCUUGGACUAAGAGAAGAGCUGCAAUAUAUGUUUUCCGUACUUCAAACCUUAGCAGAAGCUGCCUGUUUUGAGCUGAGACACGUUACAGGUAAUUGUGUAGGUUGGAAUGUCCCAGUUUAAAGGGUGAGAUAGAAGUUUCUGGUUUUUCCUUGCCCCUGUGUGAAAAUAGGUCCUAAAUGAAUGACUGACUUCACUGCACUGGACCCCAUAACUGGUCUCACUGAACACUUUGUGCCCAGCUGUCACUUACUCUCAGCCAGUUCCUUGCAGCAGAGCAGGGCUGAGGGGAGGGGGCUAUGUUUAUGUACAUGUUCACAGGGCAGGGAAAAUCUUAUGCUGCUCCAUCAUGAACUGACACCAGUGCCCAGCAAUCACUCUCUCCCCCUUCCCUGUCCAACACCUACAUAUAGAGGUCGAGCCACUGGACCAGCUGACACUUGGGCUGCUGGGAGGCCUGGGCUGUUUUUUCUUAAAUAUAUUUUGUAAUACUGUACAACCAAAUCUACCCUCCAAGGCCCUGGGCCCUCAUUGGUUCCACUAAUUGAAAGCUGUUUCUCUUCCAUGGACUUCAGUUUAAGCCCAGUAGGAAAGAGAAAUGGAGAUGGGAAAGAGAGUACCAUCCCUCUUCCAGGCCCUUGACUGCUCCUUUGCAUUGGGCCAAGGUUUGUACCUACCACACCAUGCAUGACUCAGAUGCCCUCAGGUCCCUUUUCUCUACGGUAUGUAUCCUGUGUGUGUUUGGGUUGAAGCACUACCUGACAUUAAAGGAAGGAUUUGGAGAGA